AUGAGGAUCCAUAGCCUCACCCUGCUCUCCUUCCUUUUUCUGGCUAUUGUGGUAUCAUUGGUGAAGGGCAAAAAGGAAGUAAAGAAUAGACAUGUCAGCAAAGGCACCAGAGAUAAAUUGCAUACUCUGGGAGACACCCAGAUUGAACCACCCAAACACCUGGCCAAAGGCAAGUUUGUCACCCAAGACCAUGCCAACUGCAGAUGGGUGGUGACUGAGCAAGAAGAAGGCAUCACCCUGAAGGUUGAGUGCACCCGACAGGACAACAAGUUUUCCUGUGUCUUUACUGGCAAUCCAACUUCCUGCCUAGAGUCAAACAAAAAGAAUGUCUAUUGGAAACAAAUUGGUCGGAACCUGCGCUCUCAGAAGGUCAUCUGUGGGGACCCCAAAACUGUCCUGAAAACCAAGGUGUGCAGAAAGAAGUUUCCAGAAUCCAAUUUCGAGCUGGUGAACUCCACUCUGAUUCAGAACAAGAAACCCAGCCAGGCGUUAACAGAGCCCUCUCCCAGGGAGCAGAGCAAAGUCAAAGAGAAUAUCCCUUCUGGCUCAGUGGAGACUCAGACCAUAGCCACCCAGGAUCCCAACUGUGUGGAGGACCCAGACUUAAUAAAUCAGACAAAGAUGGCCCUGGACUACUGUGGGGAAUCCUGGGGCUCUAUCUGCAAAUUCUUCAUCGCCAUGGUCCAGAGCAAUUCAUGCUAA